ACAAAACACUGUGCUUGUAGCACGCGAAGCUAGGAGCGCCAUCUUGAAGCCAGAGUCCCGUUGAAAGCCGACACAAAUCGGGAAAACACCUCAAACCGAGCUCCGGCGUUGACUUUUUCUUGCCUUCGAACCUUCGAGGCCUUCUGAGAAACGCGCCAGGCAUGGCACCGACCUGUUGAGUGCACAUUAGGGACGUGCCAUUGAGGAUUUGGCCGUAGUGCUAGUUAGCUUCUAGCUUAGGGGGUGGGAGGGAGGAACGGGGGAUCGGGGUCCAUUUUUUUUCCUUCCCCGAAGUAGUUUGUUUAUGUUGCUCCACACGGACAUGUCAUCUUCAAACCAAGAUUUAGCCGAGCCGGAUCUGGCCAUGGGAGCAGGCGGGGCCCAAGCCAGUGGCGGGGCUGUCGUCCCAAAAGGAAGCAAGAGACGAGCAGCGCCUGAUUUUGACGAUGACGACGAAGGGAACAAGUUGUUCAGGUGUGACGACGACACAGGAGGCUCCAACGACAAAGAGCGCUUUGCGAGGGAGAACCACAGCGAGAUCGAGCGGCGGAGGCGGAACAAGAUGACGGCCUACAUCACAGAGCUGUCGGACAUGGUGCCCACGUGCAGCGCGCUGGCACGCAAGCCCGACAAGCUUACCAUUCUGCGAAUGGCCGUAUCCCACAUGAAGGCACUGAGGGGCAGCGGCAACACCAACCCGGACGGCUCCUACAAACCGUCCUUUCUCACCGACCAGGAGCUGAAGCACCUCAUCCUGGAGGCAGCAGAUGGCUUUCUGUUCGUGGUGUCCUGUGAGACGGGUCGCAUCGUUUACGUGUCGGACUCGCUGACGCCCGUCCUGAACCAGUCGCAGUCCGACUGGUUGGGCUCGUCCCUGUACGACCAGCUGCACCCCGAUGACACGGAGAAGCUGAGGGAGCAGCUGUCCACCGCCGAGAAUAACAACACAGGGAGGAUGUUGGACUUGAAAACGGGAACUGUGAAGAAGGAGAGCCAGCAGUCCUCCGCCAGGAUGACGAUGGGAGCCCGGCGAUCAUUCAUAUGCAGAAUGAGGUGUGGCUCGUGUCCAGUGGAACCCAUGUCCAUGAACAGACUAAACUUCCUUCGGAAUAGAAACAGGAACGGUUUGGGUGCAGCAAAGGAGGGCGAGCCUCAGUACGUGGUGGUCCACUGUACAGGAUAUAUCAAAUCCUGGCCACCUGCAGGCGUGUCCUUAUCAGACAGUGAAGCGGACAACACUCAGGGGAGUCGCUACUGUCUCGUCGCCAUCGGCAGACUACAGGUGACGUGCUGUCCAAGUGACACGGACGUCAACAGUAUCAGUGUUCCAGUGGAGUUCAUUUCACGCCAUAACUGCCAGGGCGUUUUCACCUUUGUCGACCACCGCUGUGUGGCAGCGAUCAGCUACCAGCCUCAGGAACUGUUGGGAAAAAAUAUUCUGGAAUUUUCCCAUCCCGAAGACCAGGGCUUGCUCCGGGACAGCUUCCAACAGGUGAUGAAGCUGAAGGGUCAAGUGCUUUCCGUGAUGUUCAGGUUCCGCACCAAAUCCAGAGAAUGGCUUUGGAUGAGAACCAGCUGCUUCACCUUCCAGAAUCCAUUUUCUGAGGAGAUUGAAUACAUCAUCUGCACGAAUGUCAACGUCAAAAAUGCGACUCAGGACCCCCUCACCCCCAUCCAUUCCCCAGGGGUUUUGCUGCCCCCCUCUCUGGGUCAGAGUGGCUCAAACAGCCCCACUGUGGUCGUUAGCCCGGGCCAGGUAGCUACCAGGCAAUUGCAACAGCAACAGCAGCAGGCUGAGCUGGAAGGGGGCGGGGCCAGAGACAGCCUGUACGAGGCAGGACCGAUAACGCUCUCACAGAUGCCGGUGCAGUCGGUGACUUUGACCGGGCCAGACCACAACAAGAGCCUGGAAAAGCCAGACCUGUACUCGCCGUCCCUUUUCCAGGGCCCCAGUCAGACCAAGGGCGUGAUCGCCACUUCAACACCCUCAGCUCAAAUCUAUCCCGCUGUCAACAAUUUCAACGCCGGUCGUGCCAAUGAUACAUACAGGCCAGUUGGUAUGGCGCCGCAGAUGGCACAGCCGACCCACUCAGCAGGACAGAUGCUCGCCCAGAUGUCCCGGCAAAAUGGAGGCCCACAGCCUGUCACCCCCUCCAACACUGCCAGCCCCCUCCAUGGAGGACCGUCAGGAGGAUGGCCUGGUCCCGGAGCAGGUGGCGGAACGCAGUUCAAUACUCAGCAAGUGGCUCCCCAAGCAGCAAAGACAAUGUCACCACCAUUUGUUCCCAUGGGAGGAUUCGGCUCUUCUAGUUCUUUUGGCCAGAUGCCCACGGGUGCUGCUCCCAGCCAGACCAGCGGCGCAAACUAUCCACAAAUCAAUGCGCGUGCCAGUGCCAACACAAACGGUUACGCUGGUUCUCACGCUCCAGAUGCUUCCCAAUCGCAAUUCCCUUCCCGGGCAACGGAGGCAGUGUGGCCCGAGUGGCAAGGCCAGCAGCAGCAUUCGCAGAGCAACGCAGAGCAGCACCCUCACGCACAAGGCAACCAGCAAGACAUGUUUACUGACGUGUUGUCCAUGCUGGACCAGCCCAGCACCUUCAACAGCGAUGACUUUGAUAUUCCUAUGUACCCCUCAUUUAAUGAGUGACUGCAGGUGUACUCCCCCCUCCCCCUUUUUUCUUCCCCAAACCCCUCAAAGACUUUUCCCUCUUUGUUACUUUUGAAUCAUCCAUCUCUCCUGCUUUUGAGAGCAUCUGUCUUUGCUUUUUGCUUUGGCUUCCCUUGCACUGCUCAACAAGGAGCCACGGAGAGUACUGACUGCAGGUUAGACGAUCGGGAGAGGGGAAAAAAAAAGAAUCAAGGGAUGGCAGCCAUUUUCUCGACAAAAAUCAUUGGAGUAAACAGACAGGAAGUGAAUCAGUUCACACACACUCGCACACAAUGGCCUUUUGUUCUUGUACGUUCCUGAUUCUUCUCAGGCAAUUUGAACUUGUUGCAGUUAGACUUCAUGGAUCCAAUCUUUUCUUUUUAAAAAUUCUCAGGAAAUUACAGGUGUUUUUCUUUUCUUUUUUUUUCUUUUUUUUUAUAUUGUUAGCUCACACACACGGGAACACGCUCUGUUUAUCCUUCCCUUAUAGACGUUUUUAAAUCCAUGCCGGGCCUCUGCAUGCCAGCACUACUUCAUGGAGUGCUUCUACAUUACUUGGAUUCACACUGACUACUGUUUUCAAUGUGGCUUCACUUAUGUAUUCUUUCUGUUUUUCUCUGGGCAGAUUAUUUUUUCUUUUUUUUUAAAUUUUAUGUACAGUGGAACCUCUAACGUCAACCCACCGUCCGUUCUGUGUUGCUGGUGGACUUCAAAUUACAAAAAUCCUCCAUCUAGUGAGCACACUGGCAUGAAAGCUCCACCAACUACAUAGAAAAUGAAAUGUUGAAUUGGUUUAAAAGCUGAAUAUGGUAAGAUUUCAAAUGAGAGAGAAAACAAAACUGCCAACCUUGCAACCUGUGUGUGUGUGUGUGUGUGUGUGUGUGUGUGUGUGUGUGUGUGUGUGUGUGUGUGUGUGUGUGUGUGUGUGUAACAACUUCAGUCCUGAUGCAUUGAGACGAUUGGAGUUUCCACUGUACACCUUUUUUUGCAGGGGGUUGGGGGUAAAUUGGUAUCCAAUAUAUUUGUUUUAGGUAAACACCUUUUCUGCAUACUGUAUGUAUCAAAUAUGUGCGUGAGUGUAUAAGUAUCAAUCUGUUUUCGGAGUCUGUUUCCAGAUAUGCUCGGUAAUCUCUUCUUCUGCCCUACAAAAUACUCUGUACCAUGUAUGGGCACUUUGUAUUCCUUUUCUUUAACAAAAAUGAAAAAAGUUGAAGCCAAACAAAGUAUGGAAUAAGACCACACAGCAAUAAGUUACAAAAAAAAAAAAAAAACACAUUGUGUAUUUUUAAAGCCAUUCUAUUUUUGUGUGUGUCCUAAUUGGAGUCCUUGAGUGGAGAUGUGGAUCAUUGGUGAUUUGUCUGACUAGCGAUCGGUUGCUUGGUUGGUCUUUUCUGUCGUGGUUUAAUCAGAGUGUUUGGGGAUACAAAUGGGGGG